AUAGGUACAGUUAAGCCCUAUUCAUACACUCUCUCACAAUAGUUACCUUUAACUAUGUCUUGAAUAGCAUUUUCUGUUUUUGUCUAAUUGAUUGACUGCCUAAUGACGGAAGUAUUUUGCUCUGGGUAUUUUGGGUCUGCUGAUGUGGCCUCUCAACAGGGGGAUAAUGUGAACUGAAGUGAGAGAACAUUUCGGUAAGAGGAGGAGGCAGAAAGGAGGGAGGAGGGGGAGAUAAGGUGUGUGAAAAGGAGAGGAAAAGCUAUGCAGCUGGCAAGACGCAGGAGAACACGGAAAAUAGCAACGGAGAACAAAAGCAAGUGAAACUGCCUGCCAUCUUGACCACAAUGCACCUGACUAUAAACCUGCUCUGCCUGCUGGUCCUGACCUUUCACCCUGACCUAGCCAUGGGAGGAAGAUCCCAGCGCAAACAAAGGCAGGCUGAGGACAGUCUAAGACCAUACCUGGGUAGAGUGGACCCAGUCCAACUGUGUGAGCUGCUGAAGUGUCACAGUCCAAUGGGCUCCUGGUGCCAAGUGGUGCAGGACAACGAAGUCCUCGUCCCAAAGUGUGUGUGUCCGAAGACCUGCCCACGGCAGGGGGCACCAGUGUGCAGUGUUCUGGGAAAGACCUAUGGGAAUGAGUGUCUGCUGCAUAGAGAAGCCUGCCGCAAGAGACGUCGCAUUGGACUGGCUCAUAUAGGACCCUGUCUUGUUCCCAAGGCAAACUGCACAGAGGAGGAGUAUGGCCAAUUCCCAUACCGUCUAAUGGACUGGUUCCUCCUAUUAAGUCGUAUGGGAAAGUCUUAUGCCCCCUAUGCCCUGCCCCAGAGCUGCCUGAGCCAUACCCAGCGCACCCAACUAGCCCAGCGGCGGUUUGCCCUGCUGGACAGGAACAAGGACGGGAAGCUGAGCCAGAGGGACCUGAGGAAGUUGCGCUACAAGAGGAUGCCUCUCGAGCAAUGUGCUAACUUCUUCUUCCAGUCAUGUGACCAUAACAAGAACAGUAAGGUGACCCUGCAUGAAUGGAUCUCCUGUCUGGUGGAUCGCUCAGAGAGCUGGUUCCAGAACUUCAUGUCUAUGCAAAUGGGAUCCGGUAAGCUGUGUCCCAUGAAGACUGACAACCACCUUUGACCUGGACAUGAACACAUCUCCUCUCGCUUGUCUACAUGUGCAUCUGUUUAUCACUGCUAUCUACAAUAAUAAGCAUACAAAAUGAUCCACUUUUCUCCACUUCCAGCAUCAUACUCCCCUAACUGUCACACUCAGUACUGUGUUUGUUUUUGACUUAUGACAUCUGUUUUGUGACGGUUACUGUACAUUCAUCUGUGUGGAGAAAUGGCCUGUAAUAAAUGUCUGAGACCUG